AUGAUUCGAGAGCACGGUCUCUUGCUCACGCGCCGCGACACGCCGGACUCUGACUUUUACGAUGUGCCGACGCCUGAAGAAGUAGCUGCAUAUGACCCUACCCAAGGCCCUUGUUGCACAGCGGAACGCUUCCGUAUGGACAUUCGAGGCUUUCCCAAGAGUGCUUGGAAUAUCUCUGCAGCUAAAAUUUUCGCCUGCAGCUUCCAAGAGGCUCAUGCGCAAUUCAGAGAUAAGGCACAGCGUGAAGUGGAAAGAGCAUGGACGACGCACUUGGCCUACCUCAAAAAUGUGUACCAGAAGCAGACUUCGAGGGCUCGAGAUAUCGAAGCUGGCAAACAACGUCGUCGUCGCAAAGAACGUCGAACGCAGAUGUAUUAUCGUCGCAUGGGUGUUGCUGAAGGCUCCCGUCACCUGCGUAAUGAUGGACUUGCCAUCAUCAAAGAGUUGGGGAUCGACGGCAUGAGCUCGGACGAGUCCGAUCAUCCACCAGGGAAUGGCAUUCCUGUCUACCAGGUCCGAAUCAAGAAAUGGCGUUCGUGCAAGGUAACAGAGAUACUGCGAGCGUGCGACGCCCUGCAUCUGAGGAUGAGAUAUGGUGGAGACUGGGAUGCAUCGCCUGGAGCUUGGCCUCACCUUCGCAUUCCGUCACUGAAGUACAGCACCAGGGCUGCAGCGUCACAACUUCCUUCCAAUUUUUACAGCCUGAAUUGGUUCAAAUCACUCAAUGAGUUUCAGAGAGAUGCGCUGCAACCUCGGAUCGAGGAAUACAGCCUCGAAGUUCCUGAACAGAUUGUCAGGUAA